GGACUGUGAUGUCAGUCAGAUUAACUACAUGUACGCCCAGUAUGUUAAAAACACCAUGCAACCUCUCAACAUUGCAGACGUCUCAAAGGACCAACGCUUCCCCUGGACAAGUGAAAACCCAGAUCACACCAGCCACCAGAUAAAGAGUUUGCUCUGCACUCCCAUCAGGAAUGGCAAGAAGGACAAAGUCAUAGGUGUGUGUCAGCUGGUGAAUAAGAUGGAUGAAGCAUCAGGUGGUGUGAAGGCCUUCAACAGGAACGACGAGCAGUUCCUUGAGGCGUUCGCCAUCUUCUGUGGUCUUGGUAUCCAGAACACACAGAUGUACGAGACGGUGGAGAGAGCCAUGGCCAAGCAAGAGGUCACUCUGGAG